UUCGCGCAUGCCUCAAUGUAUACAGAUUAAAAACAUUGUCAGGCUGUAUCAAAUAUGUCUAUAAAUUUGUUAUACUUAUAAUAACUGUGUGUAGAAAAAAAUAAUAUAUAUAUUAAUUAUUCUUCAAUGAGAAAAGAGAUCUCAAAGUGCAUCUUGAUGUUUAUACGUAAAAGAAAUUUUUAUUGCUGUUGUUGCGCGACAUACAUACAUACACUUGUGCGUCAUAUAUGAAAUUGUUUUAAUUCAAAUUUAAUACAAUUUAAUUAGAGAAUCAAAUAAUUAUAACAACAUUUUUACAUUUUGUUCUAUACUCUACGGGAUGAUAUUAAAAUAUAUAUGAAUAUAUACGAAUUUGUAUAAUAUCAUUUUCUCUCAUAUAUUACAUGAACAAACAAACUAUAUGCAAAUAAAUAAUCAAUAAUGUGAAAAAGGCUUGAAUUCAUCACGGGAUUAUACGCAGUUUAAAAAUUAACUCAAUACAACAAAGAAUCAUAUAUAAAAAUAUAAAACUUGAUUAGACAUUUAAUGCCCAAAAAAAUAUAAAUUGCUUUUUGGUCAUCAUUAAAUGUUGAUAAUUGUAUUUUACAGUCAUCAAAAUGUAUCUCAUCAACGUGGGAUUGUUACUUUUCAUAGUGACAACAAUUAAAUUAAUUUCUUGUACAGAAUUGGAUUCAAAAAAUUUAAAAUAUCGAAAAGCAAGUAAUAAUGGACUCAUUGAUGUAUCAACAAAAAGUGAAGUAAUCAAAAAUAAAAAUUUAUUACAAGCUUGUCUUGAUGAUUAUGUCACCUCUCACUUGAAAAAACAGCCAAAAGUCAUUACAGCUAUUUUAACUAAACACAUAACAAUAUCAAAUAUUUACUUGGAAGAAUUACAAAAGAUUUGGUCAACAUUUGUUUUAACUGAAAACUACAAUGUUAAAAAUAAUAUGCAAAAAACAAGAAUGGAUAUUUUUAUUUUAUUGAGAGACCAUAAUGAUCUUGAUGAUUUGAAAAUAAAAAUUUAUGAAAUUGGUAGUCGUGGAUCUACAUAUACAGUAUUAUUGGUUAAUCAUUUUAAAAAUAAAAAAUUAUUCAUCAAAGAAUCAAAUUUAUUGACCAAAUUAUUAUGGACUAAAAAAUUAGCAAAUAUUGUUAUAAUUGGUUUUGUUGAAAAUUAUUAUCUAGCAAUGGAGAGUAAUGAAUUUAAACCAAAGAUACUCAGAGAACCAAUGGAUCCAGUGAUUGUUGGCCAAUGUCAAAAUGGAAAAUGGAUAAUAAAUAAUACGUUAUUUAGACCAAUGAAAAUGAAUAAUUGUUCUGUAAAUGUUGGCUAUUUGAAUAAUAAACCGUACAUGUAUACUGUUAAACAAAAAAAUAAUAAGCUUCAAUAUAAAGGUAUUGAUUUAUCGAUAUUACGAGUUGUCGCAAGUUAUCUAAAUUUUACAAUUAAAUUAUCGGAAAUCGCAGCAACUAAAAAUGAUACAAUACCACAAAGAAUUGUUAAUUCAUUAAGCAGCAAAAGAUCCUAUGAUCUUGUUAUUGGUGGUAUCCCUUGGCAACCAACAAUUGAUAUUGAUUACACGAUUCCUUAUGAUGUUGUAAAACUUGUUUGGCUUAUACCUGUAGAUAAAUCUGAAAAAGAAGCAUCUCUACCAAUUCCUGUAACAAUAGAUCAAUGGAUUAUAAUGAUGGCUAUUUUAUCAUUUCCAAUAAUUUUCAAGUUUAUAUUAUUCCAUGAAAUAUCAUUUUUAGAUAUAUUUGCUAUUUUCAUUGGUGUAGCAUGCAAUAAACAACCAGUCAGAUUUCCAUACAGAAUAUUUUUCAUGUCUUGGUUUAUAUUUGGUUGUAUACUAUUAGGAUCAUUUUCAUCACCAUUACUAGGAAAAAUAUUAUUUAUACCUCGUAUCAGAAACAAUACAAUAAAAGCUUUAAAUGAAGCAAAUUUAACAUUUGGUGGUUCAAAGGAUACAAAAAAUUUAUACAUUGGAAAUAAAACAUUAAUUAACGAUAAUAUUGACAAAAAUUCAAAUGAAAUCUUUUAUAAACUAUUUAAAAAUUUCGAUGAAUUUGAAAGUAUUGAGUAUGAAAAAAAACUCCAAGAUUUAAUGAGUGGUAAAAAUAAAAAUAUAGCAUUAUUAGCAUUAAUCAAUACUUCAACAGUACAUAAGAAAUUUAAAUCUUAUAUAUAUAUAUUACCAGAUGCUUCAAUGAGCAUUCCACUUAGUUUUGCAGUAUGGCAUGGUUUACCAUAUGCUAAUGAUAUUAAUAUUAUUCUACAAAGACUUAUAAGUAGUGGUAUUAUUGAACAUUUCAAUAAUAUCGAAACAAAAAGUUAUCAUCGUGAUAUUACACCUCACCACCACUCCCUCAAAUUAAAAGAUCUUUCACAAGCUUUUUCAAUACUUGGUAUUGGUCUUACAAUUAGCUUAAUAACUUUAAUUUUCGAAAUUAUAAAUUUUCGAACAAAGAUAUUUGAUCGCAUUUAUAUUUUUUAUCUUAAAUUUGCUCGCCAAGUUCGUUUUGUGCUUCAACUAUAAUAAUAAUAAUAAUAAUGAUACUUUUAAAAAUGUAUUGUCGUUUUAUUAAACAAAUCUCAUUAGCCAGAUUUUUUAAUAUGAUAUUUAAAUAUGAUAUAAUAUGGAGAUUUUAUUGUGUGUGAAACAAUUUUGUUGACUUCAAACAAUGCAACUUAUUAUUGAUAAUAAAUAAAUAAAUUUGAACAAGCACAAAUAAGAAAAAUGAGAUGUUCAACUAUUGUGUGUAUAAUUAUUUGGGUUGCUAAAAUUAUAAUUAUCAAUUGUUGUCAAUAUUUUUUAACACAUAAGAGAUUGAUUGAAUAUUUUGUAUUAUGAAUUUUAAAUCACCAUGAAAAGAUUUUAUAUUUACGAAAAA